GCGCCCUCUCCCUCCUCCACCGCUGCCGCCUCCUUCUUCUGCCGCUCCUGGUGCUGCUUGUGUGCUCCUUCGGUGCGGACCUGGUACCUCUUUUGUGAAGAGGCAGCUGAGGAGACUCCGGCGCUCGCCAUGGCCGACGAAAAGCCCAAGGAAGGAGUCAAGACUGAAAACAACGAUCAUAUUAAUUUGAAGGUGGCGGGGCAGGAUGGUUCUGUGGUGCAAUUUAAGAUUAAGAGGCAUACACCACUUAGUAAACUAAUGAAAGCGUAUUGUGAACGACAGGGUUUGUCAAUGAGGCAGAUCAGAUUCCGAUUUGACGGGCAGCCAAUCAAUGAAACAGACACACCUGCACAGUUGGAAAUGGAGGAUGAAGAUACAAUUGAUGUGUUUCAGCAGCAGACAGGAGGUGUCUACUAAAAAGGGAACUUGCUACUUUACUCCAGAACUCUGUUUCUCCAGACCAAGACAGUCUCAAUUAGAAAACCACAGUUUGGUUCCACCACAUCCUGACUACUACAGUAUAGUUUUCUCUAUUCUUUCAUUUUCCCCUUCCCCAUUCCUUUAUUGUACAUAAAGUAACGGAUGUAUGUGCACAGCAUUUGCUUUUUUUUUUUCUUUUUUUUUUUAACUAAAUGGCCAAUGGUAUGUUUUUAUCGACAUCAAAUGGAGAUGGGAUGGGGAAAAAUACUGGCUCUGUGAAAAUACCCCCUUUCUCCAUUAGUGGCAUGCUCAGUCAGCUCUUAUCUUUAUAUUCCAGUAAGUUAUUUUGCUCUCAUUGUUU